UGUGCGGGUCUGGGGUAGAGGCGGGGUUCCGGGUCUCGGCCGCGGUUCUGGUUCUGGGUUAAAGCCCGGGUUUAACCUGCAGCGGCGGCGGCGUAUACGCGCAGGAGCAUGUUUGGGGAGAGGCUAAGUGACUAGCCGGCUGCUACAUCUGCAUCAGGCCGGACUGCAGACACUUCACCCCGGCCACAGAGCCGCCGGCCCCCCGCUGCCCUAACUCCGCUCCGGAGCUCCGGGUCAGGCUGUGGGGUCUUCUGUACAUCUCCUGCUUUACUACAGCUGUGUUUAUUACCCGCACAGCUGCUGCACUGAUGGCCUGAGCUGGGCUGGAGGAUGCUGUGGCUCAGCUGAUCCAUCUUUAAUCAUCUGUGUUUUUAAACCGAGAGGAGCUUCUGAGGAACCCCAGCCUAGGUGACCAGCUGUAGGUCCCAGAGCAGGAGCUGCUGCCAUGACUGACACUCAGCCCAGAGAUGGGUCAGCUGGAAACAGCUCAGACGAUGAUGAACCUUUGAGUGAAAUGGCGAAGAGGAAAAAGGCACCCGAGAAGACUCAAUAUUCAGAGGAAGCACAUAAAAAAGAGCUCUCCAAAUCAGAGGAUGAUGAAUCGCUCCUGACGCUGAUGAAGAGGAAGAACAAAAAAACAGGCACAGAGGAGACAGCAGUGCUAGAUUCCAACAAGACAAGAAGUCCAAGAAAGCAAAAAACAGAAGUAAAGACCGAAAAGCACAGACAGGCAUCACCAUCACAAAAGACCUCCCAAAAAAGAUCAAGAAAAGGUAAACGGGAAACAAGGAAAACGGCAUCAGCACCACCUAAAAAAAGAGGGUGUGCUAAACAAAAGGACACACAGAGACAAGCGCCCUCUUGUGACAGCUCUGAUAAUGAGCCUUUGGUUGAGCUGGUGAAGAAGAAGAGGCAGCCGGAGAUGAAGCGGGCGGUGGUGCUGCUGAAGCGGAUGUCUAACAGAGACAUUAUUAACAUGAUUACACAGGGACACGAAUGCAGCCAAGUGCAGAAGAGCACAGUCAAAGUGGAUGAGAAGAGUAAAGCAGAAAGUUCAGACGAGGAGCCGCUGAGUCACAAAGUGAAGAGACUGAAACAGCACAGUAAACCUGUGAGAGGCAGAGCAACCACAGAUGUGAAAAGUGAGGCAGACAGCUCGGACGAAGAGCCACUGACUCACAGAGUGAAACAGCACAGUAAGCCUGUGAGAGGCAGAGUGGCAGCAGGUCUGGUGUGAGAGCAUAACUGAGAAGUGGAUUUGUUAGUAUUUGCAUCUUUCUGCAAUCAUGAAGCCUGUUAGAAAAGAAGCAUUUUAAUUAAUGUAUUAUGUACUGAUACAGAAAAUUUUAUAUUGUUUUAAACAUUUUAUAUCUUCCGAUUUGUGGUGUUUUUUAUGUUGUGCAUGCUGAUUUUAAUGUGUUUGUAUUUCGUUAAGUGCAAUGUUUUACUACAGAGACUGAGACUUACUCAGGAUUUCUAAUAAGGAACUGAGGAAGAAUUGUAGUUUAAACAUGUCUAAAGUCGUCUGUGUUUUGUACUUUUUGAUGGUGUGCUUUCUGCUACUUUAGUGGACAGUACAGACCAAAAGUUUGGACACACCUUCUCAUUCAAUGCGUUUCCUUUAUUUUCAUGACUAUUUACAUUGUAGAUUCUCACUGAAGGCAUCAAAACUAUAAAAAAUGUGGAGUUUUAUGUAUUUAACAAAAAAGGUGAAAUAACUGAAAACAUGUUUUAUAUUCUAGUUUCUUCAAAAUAACCACCCUUUGCUCUGAUUCCUGCUUUGCAUUCUCUCAAUGAGCUUCAAGAGGUAGUCACCUAAAAAAAAGGUUUUCAGGUGUGCCUUAUCAGAGUUAAUUAGUAAAAUUUCUUGCUUUAUCAAUAGGAUUGAAACCAUCAGUUGUGGUGUGCAGAAGUCAGGUUACUACACAGCCGACAGCCCUAUUGUACAACUGUUAACAUUUAUAUUAUGGAAAGAACCAAUCAGCUAACUAAAGAAAAACGAGUGGCCAUCAUGACUUUAAGAAAUUAAGGUCAGUCAUUCCGGAAAAUUGCAAAAAUUUUAAAUGUGUCCCCAAGUGGAGUCGCAAAAACCAUCAAACGCUACAACGAAACUGACACACAUGAGGACUGACCCAGAAAAGGAAGACCAAGAGUCACCUCUGCUUUUCACCAGCCUCAGAAAUCGCAAGUUAACAGCAGCUCAGAUCAGAGACCAGUCGAAUGCCACACAGAGUUCUAGCAGCAGACCCAUCUCUAGAACAACUGUUAAGAGGAGACUGCACAAAUCAGGCCUUCAUGCUCAAAUAGCUGCUAGGAAACCACUGCUAAGGAGAGCCAACAAGCAGAAGAGAUUUUUAGGGGACAAGAAACACAAGGAAUGGACUUUAGACCAGUGGAAAUCUGUGCUUUGGUCUGAUGAGUCCAAAUUUGAGAUCUUUGGUUUCAACUGACGUGUCUUUGUGAGACGCAGAAAAGGUGAACGGAUGGAUUCCACAUGCCUGGUUCCCACUGUGAAGCAUGGUGGAGGAGGAGCUGUGAAGGUGUGGGGGUGUUUUGCUGGUGACACUGUUGGGGAUUUAUUCAAAAUUAAAGGCACACUAAACCAACAUGGCUACCACCGCAUCCUGCAGUGACAUGCCAUCCCAUCUGGUUUGCGUUUAGUUGGACGAUCAUUUAUUUUUCAACAGGACAAUGAACCCAAACCCACCUCCAGGCUGUGUAAGGGCUAUUUGACCAUGAAGGAGAGUGAUGGAGUGCUGCGGCAGAUGACCUGGCCUCCACAGUCACAGAACCUGAACCCAAUCCAGAUGGUUUGGGGUGAGCUGGACCACAGAGUGAAGAAGGCAAAGGGGCAACAAGUGCUAAUAAACACCUCUGGGAACUCCUUCCUUCAAAACUGUUGGAAAACCAUUUUAGGUGACCACCUCUUGAAGCUCAUUGAGAGAAUGAUGCCAAGAGUGUGCAAAGCAGUAAUCAGAGCAAAGGGUGAAUAUUUUGAAGAACCUAGAAUCUAAAACAUGUUUUUAUUUAUUUCACCUUUUUUUGUUAAGCACAUAAAACUCCACAUGUGUUCAUUCAUAGUUUUGAUGCUUCAGUGAGAAUCUACAAUGUAAGUAGUCAUGAAAAUAAAGAAAACACAUUGAAUGAGAAGGUGUGUCCAAACUAUUGGACUGUACUGUAUUUUCUUUAGAGCCCCUUUCCUGUAUAUGGAUUAAAAUGGGAAUACUGAACAGAUUGUUCAGUAUUUUUUCCAAGUUUGUGUUUAAUUAGGGCAGCACUGUGUAGUUAGUAUUUUUACCUUAAAAUUAAAGUUUCAAAAUCAAAUAGAUGCUUCACUGACUGUAAUAGGGAGAGUUUCUACUGCAGGAUCAGCACGGCUCCAACUACUAUGAAACUUUGGUGAAGUGGGCGCCACAACGCUCAUGAGAACCGUAUUAGUCUGAGUCUUAUAAGUGAUAUAACUUUACCACCUCAGUCCACGUGCUUCUUUCACUCUCAGUGAUGGUUCUUUGUCUCUCAGCUUUAACAGAUGAACAGAUAGUUUAGAGCAGUAUUUCUCAACUCUAAUAAUGGAGGCACACUGACCUGCAUGCUUUAAUUUAAUUUUAUUUUAUCAGCCCAUUAAGAGACAAUUUCUUGAGCUGAAGUGGGUGUAUAAAAAACAGAAAAAGUGCUAAAAUGUGCAGGGCAGAUUGCCCCAGGAUCAGGUUUAAGAAACACAAGUACCUUGAAUCAACGCCCAUUUUAUCAGAUUCUAAUACAUAGAAAAAUGUUAAUCCCCAUUGUCAGAAUUGAUUUAUUAUUGAACAUUGAUUUUAGGUUGAUUUCAUUAUUGAUUCAAUGUUAUAUUUACCUUGUUUAUCCUGUGGUUUUACAUGCAUUGUAUACUUUAAACUUUACUAACAAAUAUUAAAUAUAUAUAACUUA